AUGCAAUUGCUUGCCUUCGUCCUCGCUGCUUUACCCCUCGCACGGGCUGCCAUUGGCCCUGUUGGCAACCUAGUCAUCGCCAACGCGAACGUCUCACCAGACGGCUUCGUUCGCUCGGCUGUCCUUGCCGGCGCUACAGGUACCAGUCUUGAGCACCCAGGGCCUGUUAUCGUGGGCCAGAAGGGCGACACUUUCCACAUCAAUGUCAUCGAUGACCUUACUGACCCCACUAUGCUUCGAACAACCAGUAUUCACUGGCACGGUUUCUUGCAGGAGGGUACAGCUUGGGCCGACGGUCCUGCGGGUGUUACUCAAUGCCCCAUUGCCCCUGGUCACUCUUUCCUCUAUAAGUUCCAGGCCAAAAACCAAGCUGGUACCUUCUGGUACCAUUCCCACCACAUGUCUCAGUACUGUGACGGCCUGAGAGGCGUCAUGGUCGUUUACGAUCCCCUAGAUCCCCAUCGUCACCUGUAUGACGUUGAUAACGAGAAUACUAUCAUCACGCUCGCGGACUGGUAUCACGAUCCCGCCCCUUCUGCUGGACUCGUCCCAACCCCCUGGUCGACUUUGAUCAAUGGCAAGGGCCGUUACCCAGGCGGACCCGUCGUGCCCUUGGCCGUCAUUCACGUCAGCCGCGGAAAGCGCUACCGCUUCCGCCUCGUCUCCCUUUCGUGCGACCCUAACUAUGUAUUCUCUAUUGACGGUCACACCAUGACGGUCAUUGAAGUCGAUGGUGUCAACCAUGAACCGUUGGUUGUCGACCACAUUCAAAUCUUUGCUGGUCAACGGUACUCGUUUGUCUUGAACGCCAACCGGCCCGUCAACAACUACUGGGUCAGGGCUAACCCCAACCUCUGCUCUGUCGGCUUCGGUGGCGGUAUUAAUUCCGCAAUUCUGCGAUAUGUUGGAGCUCCUGCCGUCGACCCAACCACCUCCCAAUUGCCUUUCAGCAACCCACUCCUCGAGACCAACUUGCACCCUCUCGUAAAUCCUGCUGCACCUGGCGGCCCUUCCCCCGGUGACGUCGAUGUCGCCAUCAACCUGGAUAUCUUGUUCGACGUCUCAAUCCUCAAGUUCACUGUCAACGGUGCUACCUUCGAUGAACCACCCGUUCCGGUCCUUCUCCAGAUUUUGAGCGGUGCACAUACCGCCUCAUCUCUUCUCCCCUCUGGCAGCGUCUACACUCUUCCCCCUAACAAGGUCAUUGAGCUCACUAUUCCCGGUGGUGGUAUCGGUGCUCCUCACCCCAUCCAUCUUCACGGCCAUACCUUCAAGGUUGUCCGUAGCGCAGGCAGCUCGACUUACAACUUCGUCAAUCCCGUUGAGCGAGAUGUUGUCAACGUUGGUCAAGCUGGCGACAAUGUCACCAUUCGAUUCGUCACUGAUAAUGCUGGUCCCUGGAUUCUUCACUGCCACAUUGACUGGCAUUUGGUUUUGGGCCUGUCUGUCGUCUUCGCGGAAGAUGUCCCCACCAUCGAUAGCUCCGUUCAACCUCCCGCCUGGCAUGAUCUGUGCCCCAUCUAUGACGCUCUUCCCCCCGGCACGAGGUAA